AAUAAAUAAUGCUCUAUAGAAGAAUAUGUAUAAAUAUAUUUUUUUAGAAUCCUAAUUUUAGAAUAUAUCUUGAAUUCUGCGUGAAUUAUAAUAAUACACAUUAUGUGAUAUUGUUUCAUGGGUAUAUAAUAACAUAUUCCUAUACAAUUUGAUAAAAACUAAAUCAUAAAUCCAUAACAUGUGUAAAAGAUCUGAGCAUUCUAAUUUUUGAGUAAUACCAUCAUAUUUAAAGUAUAUAUGUAUAUGUAUAUAUACACAACUGUGUAUAUGUCUAGCUUCCUAGAAUCAAUAAUUCUGUUAUACCUUCACUGUGUACUAGAUUAGAAGAACAUGUCAAUUUCUAGAAACCUGAUAACCUGAAAAUCUAUUAUAAAAUUAUAAAGAAAGUUGUAUUUUUAAUAAUAUGACAUCUAGAGAUGGGUGAAAGAUAUUUUUCAUGGGAUGAAAUUUCGGAGGGAUUAAUUUUAUUUGGAGUGACAAAGGCAGAAGAUGAAGAUAAGAGACGAAAGAAGCAAGCUGUUGCUGAUCAUGCCUCGGAAAUUUAUUGUCCACAUGCGUAUUUAAUUCUGAGCUAUCAGGAAACAUUGAAUGACAGUGAAAAGAUAAAAUUUCGGAAGCAUUACCUGAGAAAAGUGGCGCCGAAUGAACCAGAUGUUAUUAUUUUGCAAGAUAUCAAAGAUCUCGUCCUCUUUUUGCUCAUAACGCCCGUCAGUUCCCAAUUCAUAAACUUCUUUCACCUGCCGAUCGUUGAUCGAUUUUUAAGGGCGUUGAUCAUCUAUUUCCAACACUAUGUAGAGAUAUGGGAAGACUUGAUGCAGGAGCGAGCGGCUACCAUGAAAAAGGCGCCGAAUCCUUUGGCGCGUGGACAUAGAUCCAGAUAUGCUGAAGAGCUACGAGCCCUUCGAUGUGUCUUGGGUAGGGAAUAUGCAGAUUUAAUAUUGGGUUGCCAGAACGGACCGCAGUAUCAUCAUAUGAUGGCUGGCAAGAAACGGACGAUCACGCAAUCGCAGGGUGAGAAAGAUCUAAGGAUCUUCGAAACUUUGAUAAGCACAGCUCAUCGAGUAGUAUGGAUAGCGUUGCAACGCAAACAUUACAAUUUAAUCGAACUAGAAUUGCAUAGACUACUUCGAACCGAGGCGUACAAUAUUGCACAAAGGCAAAGCGGUAGUCGACUUAUUCUGGAUAUGCUGCAUGAUGAUAUUCAUAUAUUGCAUGGCCCUAAAAUGGCAUUAAAAAGUCGAUUACUCCGAAACUCCCCUUUACCUCACGAAUUGAUGUAUACGGAUUGCGAUUAUCGUCUCCUAUCAUUAGGAAUAGUUGACAUCGACAUGCACGACCCGAAAAUUGUUUAUCUAAAGAACGCUCUUCUUAUUGAAGAGGAAAUGUUAUCUCAAUUAGGAAUUAGAGUAGGCAUACUGGGUUACAAUCGUUCGGAUUACGAUAUAAUGUUAAUGCCAAAUGAAGUGGAGGAGGAGCCGACAGUAGAACCGACAGAAAUUAAUUCGUUUGAUAAGAAAAUGUUAGAAACGCGAAAAAGUGUUCCUAUGGAUAAACUCUCUGAACAAAUUCAAGAAAUUGAAAAAUUUCGGCAGCCUUUCUGUAAGGUUGAAUCAAUCGAGGAAUUUCCAGUGAAAGAACUCAAGAUAUCAUCAGAGAAAUAUGACAAAAUUCGUCAAGCAGCCCGAAAAAAGUGGGUUCUUCGAGAAAUAAAACGGCGCGAACAUAAAAUGCUUGAUACUUUUUCUAUAGCAACCACUAUAGAUUAGAAUAUUAAAAUAGAACAAAAUAAGUGUGCAUAGAAUGUACCGAAAAUGUAAAAAAAAAUUAAAAAAAAUAAUAAAAA